CUGUAAAUCAAUGAAGUCAAUUAACAUGCAAUUUUUUUUAAAUAAUGAGCAACUUGUGCACAGAAUUAAAGUUACCCAUUUUGUUCAGUACGUUUCUCCGGCACAUCCUCUGCAAGUGAGUUUUAAUGUUUUAAAAGAAAGUAAAAGGUAGUGUGAUAUCUGUUCGGCACACUGUCUUCACAGUGUGGAAACUUCCUGAGGUUUUAGAGGAGGGGAGCCGCGCAGUGAGCGAGGAAUAAUGUGUGAAAUGGCGUUAGGGACGCAGAGAUAAUUGGUCUGAUGGAGUUGAGGACAGAUCGCGGCCAAAUGAUGAAUAUAUUCAAACUUUUCCCUGCGUGAUGGUGUCAGAUUGAAGGCUCUGUGCGCAUGUGCGAAGGUGUCCAAACUGACAAUGCCAGGGAGAUAGCGUGUGCGAUUCUCUGAAAUCACGACCAACGCCGACAGACAACAUGAGAUCCAAGGCGAGAGCGAGAAAACUGGCCAAAAGUGACAGUGAGGUGGUAGAUAACAUGUAUGAGACAGAGCCUGAGCCACCAGCUGGGGAGAGCGGUGAAGAGGAAACAGAAGACAGCAUCAUGUCCCCAAUCCCUGUCGGCCCGCCAUCCCCACUUCCCCCGAGCAAUGAAUUCACUCCAAAAGAAGGGUCCCCAUACGAAGCGCCUGUCUACAUUCCUGAAGACAUUCCGAUCCCGCCUGACUUCGAGCUGAGAGAGUCUUCAGUCCCUGGAGCAGGAUUAGGGAUUUGGGCCAAGAAGAAGAAUGAAGUAGGAGAGAAAUUCGGUCCCUAUGCUGGGAUUCAAAGGGUGACACUGAAGGAUCCAAACUUUGGAUGGGAGAUUGUUGACGAGCUGGGAAAUGUAAAAUUCUGCAUUGAUGCAAGUCAGGCUGGAAGUGGAAACUGGCUUAAGUACAUCCGAUCGGCACGCUCCUAUCAUCAGCAAAAUUUAAUAGCAUGUCAGAUUAAUGAUCAGAUUUACUAUAAAGUAAUUAAAGAGGUUAAAUCGGGCGACGAACUGUUGGUCUUUAUGAAGGACGGCGUCUAUCCUGAUGGGACAAUGCCACCAAACCUUGAUGACGAACAGCGCUACCGAUGUGAAGACUGCGACGAGCUGUUCCGCUCGAAAGUGGCACUGCGGCGACACCAGGCCUAUGCCUGCAACAACGUUAACGCCAUCUUCACCACCAUCAACGAAGAGUUCAAGCAGAGCCAGCUGGGGGACGAGCAGCUUCACGAGUGUAAGGACUGCGAUCGGAUAUUCCCCAAUGAAUACAGCCUGGAACAACACAUGAUCAUUCACAGUGAGGAACGUGAGUAUAAGUGUGACCAAUGUCCGAAAGCCUUCAACUGGAAGUCCAACCUGAUUCGCCAUCAAAUGUCACAUGAUAGUGGCAAACGCUUUGAAUGUGAAAAUUGUGAUAAGGUCUUCACUGAUCCAAGCAAUCUCCAGCGACACAUCAGGUCUCAACAUGUGGGAGCCCGGGCACACGCUUGCCCUGACUGUGGAAAAACCUUUGCCACCUCAUCUGGAUUAAAGCAACACAAGCACAUACACAGCAGCAUUAAGCCUUUCACCUGUGAAGUUUGUCACAAAUCGUACACCCAAUUCUCCAACCUUUGUCGACACAAACGGAUGCAUGCCGAUUGUCGAACGCAAAUAAAGUGUAAAGACUGUGGCCAGAUGUUCAGCACGACCUCUUCAUUGAACAAGCACCGCAGAUUCUGCGAGGGCAAGAACCAUUACAAUCCCAGUUCUAUGUUUCCUCAAGGUCUGCCGCUCACUCCCAGUGCCAUGCUGGACAAAUCAAAACCUGCAUCCGCCCUUAACCAUACUUCACUAGGAUUCAAUGACUACUUUCCUUCGCGCCCACACCCAACAGGGUUGCCUUUCUCACCACCAGCUGCAUUUCCCUCGCUUGCUCCAGGCUUCCCCGGCCUUUUCCCCCAUUCCUUGUAUCCCAGGCCCCCUCUAUUGCCCAGCAACGCAUUGUUGAAAGGCUGCUUAAAUCGUGAUUUCGAUGGAACAGUCCAAAGCCCCAUGGGGACUCCCUCUGUGUCACAAGCAUCUUCCCUUGUGUCAACAUACAACGACAGGGUUGGCCCUUUAGAAGAAAAAUCCAACAUCCGUUCUGAAAAUUGCUACGCUGAAAAAAGCAAAGGAAAAAGCAGUGACUUAUCGGAAGGUAGUGACUUUGAAGAUGUGAAUACAACAAGUGGGACUGACCUGGAUGCCACCACUGGCACUGGGUCUGAUUUGGACAGUGAUGUAGAGAGUGAUCGUGAUAAAAAGAAGGAAAAGACUAACCAGAUAGCCAAAGUGACUGAUAAAGUCUCCACUAACUCAACCAAUGAAGUUAAUGAGCGAACAUAUCUUCCAUCCCAACAUUCCUUCUUUCCUCCUCCAGAUGAGCAGAAUCUUCCAACUAAUGCUGCUAAUGAUUCCAUUAAAGCUAUUGCCUCAAUUGCAGAGAAGUACUUUGGCACUGGGUUCAUGGGAAUGCAAGAGAAGAAAAUGGGGUCACUUCCAUACCACUCAAUGUUUCCAUUCCAGCUCUUCCCAAACAUCCCACAUUCCAUAUACCCUUUCACGGACCGAAACCUCAAUCCCAGCCUCUUAGUGAAAAAUGAGCCAAAGUCUCCCAGGGAGCAUCAGAAAAGUGGGAGUGCAGGCUCUGAGUCACCCUUUGACCUCACCACGAAACGGAAGGAAGUGAAGCCCCACCCAAUGUCCAAGCUCAUGGUGUCUACGCUUCCUGGGGAGGAGCAGCCUCUGGACCUAAGCAUAAGCAACCGCAGCCGGGUCAAUCAGAAUGGCCCUGGGGAACCCAGAAAGAACCAUGUGUUUGGUGACCGCAAAAUGAUGAUCAGUGAUGAAGUGCCCAAGAUGUCGCACCAGCAGCCCUUCCAUUAUGCAAAACCAUCACCUUUCUUCAUGGACCCCAUUUACAGCUGGAAUCACCUGCAUUACACAGCCAGGGUGGAGAAAAGGAAAAUGAUGGAUCCCCUGAACUCACUGAAGGAAAAGUACCCGCGCCCGAACCCACUUCUGUUCCACCCUCAGAUGGCUGCUAUGGAGACUAUGACAGAAAAGCUCGAGAGUUUUGGCACACUGAAACUGGACAACAUGGGCGCUCUGCAAACCCACCCUCACCAGUCAUUCAACUUCCGAUCGCCACCAUCCACACUGUCUGAUGCUAUCCUCCGUAAAGGAAAGGAGCGUUACACGUGCAGGUACUGUGGAAAGAUUUUUCCAAGAUCAGCAAAUCUUACUCGGCAUCUCAGAACGCACACAGGAGAACAGCCGUAUAGGUGUAAAUACUGUGACAGGUCAUUCAGCAUCUCUUCAAACCUGCAAAGGCACGUCCGCAACAUCCACAACAAAGAGAAGCCAUUCAAAUGUCAUUUGUGCAACCGUUGCUUUGGACAGCAAACUAACCUCGAUCGCCACCUCAAGAAACAUGAGAAUGAGAGUAUUCCAGUGAGCCAACAUUCUGGAGUUUCAUCCAACCACCUGGGCACCACUGCUUCUUCCCCGAACUCUGAGCUAGACAAUACUGCACUUUUGGAGGAAAAGGAGGAGUCGUAUUUCUCCGAAAUCCGGAAUUUCAUUGGAAACAAUGACCUCAGCCAGGCGUCAAGCUCAGCUGACAAAAGGCAUGAGACACAAGUUGGCCACCAAGAGCCUGAUCACCCACUGACCAAUCAGAAAGCAGAAGAGGCAGAUGAUGAGGAUGAAGAGGAGGAACUUGAGGAAGAUGAUGAAGAGGAGGAUGAGAGCAUGACAGAAAAAUCCCAGGAUGACCCUAUUUCACCGAAGACUGAUGCCAGAGCCCAGUUCAGAGAAAAUGAAGAGGAACGUCACGCCCCACUCACCUUGGGCUAUGAACAGGCUCACAGGUGUAUUGCUGAGGAUGAAGCUGGGCUGCUGGCCUUGGACCAGAUAGCGAAUUUCACAAAGGGGCUGGACCUGCGUAAGGCAGCAGAGGAGCAAUACGAGGUGAAAGAGGCCGCAGUCUUUAAUUCCACCUUAGACUCCGAAGCAAUAAAAGAGACACUGUACAGGCAGGCUAAAACUCAGACUUAUGCCAUGAUGCUUUCAUUCUCUGAGAAUGCUUCCCUCCAUCCAUCGUCCCAGAACUCUCUGGAUGCUUGGCUGAACAUAGCAGGAGCUACACCGGAGUCGGGUACCUUUCAUCCAAUCAACCAUGUGUGAGAGAGAUAGAAACAUUGAGAGAGAGAGAGAGCUCCAGCAAAGCGAGACGUGGGCCUGACCUAGCUGGGAAGGGCAGGGUUGAUGUGAGGUAGGGGGCUGCGGAUGCUGGCAUCGAAGAGGCGUGGCUGCUGAAAGCCCAGAUACCUCCAUCUCCCCUCCCCCCUCCCCCCCACCUCCCCUUUCAGCUGACCUCAAGAGGCCUUACACACUUUCAUUCCUUCGGUCGAAACUGAAUGAUGUUGCCGACCUUAAAUUCCCGAAGAUAUUUAUUCCUGUUAUAUAAUUUUUGCACAAAUAUGUAGUUGGGGCUGCAGCUUAAAAUAAAGAAGUUAAGAAUAUUAAUACACAGGGGCCAGUCAAGCUACGGGAGGAAGGAGAUUCGUCCCUUGAUAAAGGUAUCCUGCUUGUUCAUCUAUAUCCCAUCUUACGUUGCAUCAUUGUAUUCUAUUAUAAUUUAAAUUAUUUGUAGAAAUAAGCAGGGGAGUCAAUUCUGCAAUAAUGAACAUGUAAAUAAAUAGCCUUCAUUCUCUCACCCUUCCUUCCCCAUCCCCAUUUGAAAUCUCCCUCCUAGGCAUUAUUUCCCUUCUAUAACAAACAGUAUUGUGUCUUGAACUCUUAGCUGUCACAAGAGUGAUUUAAAAAUAUUAAUAUAAUUACCUAGAGAAGGACCAAAAGUUGUGUAAUGAUGUUGUACAAUAACUGUUAAAUAGAGAGUCGCUUGUGCCAAACAACCUAGGAUGUCCUUCUAGCUGCAGAUUCCCAGACAAUCAAAUUUGUUUUUUUUUGUUUAUUUUAUUUAGUCAUAGGUUUUAUUGAAUUUCUUCCUGUCCAUUAGUGUUUGUGUUCUUGCUAUUUAUUCUUUAGACAAUUUCCUUGCAGACAUCCCGCUUCAAACAAAAAAAACCUCCAAAAAUGUGAAUUAUAUUUCUUUCUUUUUAUCAUAAACAUUUUUGUGUGGCAUGCAAUGUGGAAGUGCCAAACCUUUGAGAUGGGAGUUUGGUGGGGGUCAAUUUGUUUUUUUUGAACUCAGUAUUUUAUUUAAAAGAUCUGAACCUAUUGUUAGAUUUAAUUCUUUACAAGGAAACGAAUGACAAGAACAAGAGGAGAAUAGGCCUCAGUAGUUGUGGUUUCUGUGGCAAAUAAUUAUCAAGAAAAAUUAAAAGAAUAAAGAAACCUUUGCUUUGAAAAAGCUCCUGUAAAUACGUGUGUGAAAGCCAGCAAUUUCUUUUGUCCCCUGAAGUGACUCAAGUUGGUGCUGAAUGAUUCACUGAUUCCUCUCAGUGGCUGUGGAACAGGUAAUCAAGAAGGAUACAGGUUCCAUGCAAUUAUUACUUUGCACGAUUGUCGGCAUGUCCCUAGGUUUUUCUGUUUACUUUGUAAUAAACCAAGCCAGCAGUGUAAAUGCAUUUUAAAAAAUUCAAACAACUUUUUUUUUGCUGUCUUGAACAGCCGCUUAAUUGGAUCAAUUCUGUGUCUAUGACAUUCCAUACUUUUCUUUUGUAGGUGUUGUCAUUAUUCCCUCUUUCCAACAAUGGUUCCAUACACACUGUAGUUUUUCUUUAGCGACCGAGCAAUGAUCUGACAGGGGCAAACCGAAUCCUGCAACUUACCUUCUCAAGACAAUCUUGCUUUCUAAUAGCUUUCCAAGCAGUUUGAUGUGCCUUCAUGCAUGUGCUGGGCAAUAUUACCUGUUCGGCUGUCUCAGCUAAAGGUGAGGUACAAAUCUGAUAUUUCUUUUAAGAAUCCAUUUUUACUUCACUGGAAAACAGCUGCUUGGAGGCCGUUUGCAAUACUCUAAUAAGGAGACAAUUUUAUGCCCACUGUCUCAUCCUCCAGCUUUUCCCUUGCUACAAUGCAAGUAUGUCAAUAAAAUUAAUUUUCACCUUUCCUUGGCCAUGAAAUAUCCAGUCCCUUCCCUGGAGAGUCAUUUAGCAGAUUAAGACAAUUAUCUUUAUACAGCUAUUGAACUAUUUGGUGAGAAUAGACAAUCAUUAAAUUGUAACCAUGCCACAGAGUAGAAUUAAGUAAACUGGCAAACUGGCACCAUUGUCCUUGGUCAACGUUUAAAGUACAUGGAACAAAAUAGCAGGUCGCCCUGUUCAACUUGAAAGUAAUCUUCAGCCGCACAAUCUUCAUUAGUUUCAGAUUCCCUUAAGAAAAUAACUCUGCCCAACAACCGGAACAAGGAUCUUGAAGGCAUUGAGCCAAGUAAUAUACUGUGAGCACUGUUUGCCCACAACUAUUUCUUCCAUGUGGUCAUCCUUCUCCUCAAGCCGAGACAGUGAAAAUCUUCAAAGGGAAGACUGUACCUGAUUCUGUCUGAUUCAUGCCAUGUUUAUACACAAGCACUUUGAAGCAAAGAUCAUUGGGUGGGAAUCAAGAGGAGCAACUUGGUCAAAUGUAUUUCCCCCUCAAAAGUCCAGGAAUUUUGUUGCAAACUAACUUUUUAAUUAACCCGAUGUCAAGUUGGGUGAGUGGGAAAGCUCACCAAUGAGAUUUAUCAAUAUUUUCACUUAGUUAAGAGCACUUUUAUAAUUUUAGAAAGGCAAAGGACAAACAGACCCUCCUAAAGUGAUCUGGUUUUUCAGAGGUUCAUAAUCUCAGGCGUACUCUGUGCAUUACAUUGCUUUUGAGUUGUUAGGUUACAAAAGGCCUAGUCCACUUCUUCCAGUCUAUUCUGCACUCAGCCUGCUCAGCUUUACUGCUCACUUUCACCUCCAUUCAUGUGUUUACACUCUCCUUCCUUAUCUCAACUUCCAUUCCUCAUCUUACCCUUUAACUUCAUGCCAACCACCACUGCUCACUCUUCAUCCUCUUUCAGCAUCCAAAUUCUUUUCCCCAACGUCCAUCCUUAUGCCAACAUCCAUUCGCAACUCUUCACUCCCAUUCCUCACCAUGACCAUCAACUUUCCCAAGCUUGCCUCUUCUAAUCUGGAGCAUACAAUUACUUGAAUAAAGAGCCAUACUUUGAGGUCUUGCUUUAGUCUUUUCUGAUCAAAGUACCCAGUUUCAGAAAUAGUAACUACAGCUUGAUCUCUACAAUUAUUAGGAAAUGUUUCAGACCAAACCAUUGUCAAAUCUGUUUUCAGUGAAUGAUUUUAUUUUUGAAAGAAAGCAUACAAUCUGAAUGCAUUGUAGCAUGGUAUGGCAACUGCUCAUUAAAGACUGAAAGACGCUAUACAGUGUUGUGAACACAGCCCAGUCCAUCACACAAACCAGCCUCCCCUCCACUGACUUUAUCUAUACUUCCCACAGCCAUGGGGUAUCAGUCAGCAUAAUCCAAGACACCUCCCACCCUGGUUAUACUUUCUUCUACCCUCUUCUGUCUAGGCAGAAAAUAUAAAAAUUUGUAAACACAAACAAACAGAUGAAAGAACAGCUUCUUCCCUGCUAUUAUCAAACUUUUGAAUGGACAUCUUUAAUGGUAAUGUUGAUCUCUCUCUGCACCUUCUCAGCAGCAGUAACAUUGUAUCCUGCACUCUGUUCUGUAACCCUGAUGCACUUGUAUUGUAUGAUCUGCCUGUAAAGCAUGUGGGACAACACUUUUCACUGUACCUCGGUACACGUGACAGUAAUAAAUCAAAUCAAAUCAAAAUUGGAGGCUGCUGGUCAGCCAGUUGGGGUUUUAGACUUAUUUCAUCACCUGCCCCAUUUAGUAAUUUUCAUGCAAGGCAACUAGCACUUAGAAUGUGAGUCAGCACAAGCCAGAAAACAUGAACAGGCUCAAUGUUCCACCGCAGCUUACCUCAUAAACAAAUCAUUCCUGGGACAGUCAGGCUAAUUCUUUUCUUACACUGGGGUGUUGGAACAUACCUUAAGGAUCCUAUGAUAUGUCAUCCACUGUGAACAGGAUUAGAGAUGUUUGAGGGAGAGGGGAAUGUGGUAGUUGCUCACUGUCAGGCAAAUACAGCGUUGCCUCACAACAAAAUUAAGGUUUUCGCAAGGAACGAGCCCUGGACUUUACAUCCCAAGGAAGACUGUAGCUCUCUCUUAAAACAAGGAAGAAUGGUCUAUUCUCCCACUUGAAAGAGGAUGACCAACAAUAACUAGCCUUGAAGAAAAAAGGCCAAAAUCCCACACAUACAAUGAGUUCUAAGUCUAACAGGCUGGUGUCUGAUAAAAUAGAGAAAUACACCAGCAAUAAUAGUUACGCCUGAAAACUUUUCUUUUAGUGAUUUACAGCACCAGUUACACUUUGAUUUAUUGAGGGUACAAUUGGCCUUUGGGGAUAGUGGGAUUUAGGCAUUAGUCAGUGCACAGCACGUUGUCAAAGUAUAAUUGUAUAGUCACCACAGUCCCAGACAGCUGCUGUCUCAUGAGGAGUAAAUAACUGGUGGUAGUUUAACCUGCAGGCAAGGGUUGGUGUUGAGAACAGUGGGACCCUUCAUGGCAAUCUCAGCUGGUACACAAAUUGAAAUCAUGUUGUUGGUGUCACCCUGCACUGCAAACUAGCCAUCCAACCAACUGAGCUAACCAACUCCCAUUUUCACAGCAUGUUGUACACUGUGCCUGACUUCUACUUCCAUUGCCAAAGUCCAAUUUCACUCUCAUCAGUUUUUUUUUCACACUUGCAGAUAGGGUGUCUUGUGCAUUCCAAAAUGAUAUGCAGUUAACUUCUAUGCUCCAGUUGCAGGGUAGCUUCUUUGGCUCUAAUGUUAAUAUUAGUAUCCUUAAGUCUGCAAGGUGGACCCUGGAAGGUAAUUGUUCUACCUGUAAGGCCUUCUAUUAGCGGACAAUAUGUGUAUAUAGCACUUCAAGUUUAUUUUGACCUGUAUGUAAGCGUUAGUCAAUGGAUGUUUCCAGCCUGAUGACUAAAAGGAGUCCCAUUGAUUUUGGGCAGCUUGGCCAUUUUUGGUAUUGCAAAUUUUUAACAAUGGUGUGAUAUUAUGUUGGAAUCAUUCUAAUUUUGACUCUUAAUACAUUGCUUAGAAGUUUCACUUUUUAUAAAAUGGUUUCCAAUGUUAACCCCAAGGAGGACAGUUGGCACAGAUGCACUAAGGAAAGAUUAGAAAACUUUCCAUGAAAAUUCCACUGCUCCUAGAGUCAGGCAUGUGUCAAUCUCAGCACGAAGCACUUGCAAAUUCCUUGCACUGAUGGCUGCAUUAGGAAAUGCCCAGUGAUCAAUAGGCAGUCUAUUGCCAUGGAAGUUCCAGGUAUCCCUCUACUCAUCCAUCAAGUAGACCUUUGCCAUUCAUAUGGGAAGAAUUCUAAUAAACACAGGGUCUGGAACAAUCAUAAAUGCAGUAUGGUUAAGAUUUCUCAUGACACCCAGUGCACUAAGGAUAUCUUCCCUGGCAUGGACGAUCCCUGGUAACUCAUAUUCAGAAUGAGAUAGGCUCAGUGAGGUGUCUCACUGACAUCCUCAAAUUCUUUCUCAACUUUCCACCAUCACUUUAGUGGCUACAAGAUGGGAAUGGAGAAGGACUUAAGGUGGUCUUGUCUUCUAUUUCAGGGUCAAGGUUCGAAAGCGGUCCCCUAAACAUGAGAAGCAGUCACAAGUUCUGCUCUUCCUUAUUAGGUCACGUGAUGUACAAAUGUAUUAUUUCUUCUCUUUGACCAUUUGAGCCCUGGUAGGUUCAACAUGAAGGAAAUAAAAAAGCUAAACUGUCUCCUCCCCCACCCCUAUUCAUCCCUCCCCAGAUAUGCCUCAAUCUCUAUUUAUGUCCUAGCUUUGUCCUUACGUGUCCCAACAAAUCAUUGUGUUUUUUUUAUUUCUAUACAUUUUAAACGGUGUAGUGUUUAAAAAAAAGUCAUUGUAAGUGGUUAGAUUUCAUUAACCAGAAAAUGUUUAAGGAUUACAAUGAUGGUGCUUGCUUCCUUUCUGUUUGGGUUGUAUAUUGCUUACAAUAUGUUUUAAAAAAAAUCGUCUUCAAAGAAAAUGGAAAAAAAUUGGCUGUGCAUGGCUUGUGUUUAGCUGUUGGUGUGUUUCUUGUGAUGAAAAUACUGUAGGGAUGCACUUACUUGUAUAUGUGGUUAGGCAUUGUCCAAAGUUAGGAGUCUUUAACUGCCCGUACAGAGCAGGGCGCUUUGUUAAUAAGGUGAAUAGUUUAACACAAAAUAAAACAUACACACACAUUCACACACACACAUAUACACACAUAAAUUUUUGCUUGUGGGAGAGACAAGAGUAUAGGAAAAUGAAAGUGAGUGAUUCACAGAGAAAAUAAAUCCAUUCAUUUUGAUGCUUGUGAUACAGUUAUUAUCUGGAGAAAUGAAAAAGAAAAUCCAACCUGAUUCCUAUGUUUAUGAUGUAGAGUAGGAAUGUAUACCAAAUGUAAUCUUUCAAAAUGCUACAAUGAAUUUAUACACAAGAUUGAUAUGCAAUAAACCUGUGUGCUUUUUAUAUUAAA